AUGCCAGGUACCGGCUACGGCAUGGUUGGACUAUUCAACCCUGAGUCAACUCAUUCUACAAGAGUUCAAGUUCAGUCUGUCUUCAUCGAAGGGAAGCCCCUGGUCUCGUCAUCUUCUCAUCAGAUAUUGCAACAAAGCGCAACGUAUCACACGAGAGCUUUCAGCAAAUUGUGCUGA